AUGUUGCUACCACUGAUAACACUCUUGCUUUUAAUCCUUCCCUUAAUUUUGAUAAAAAUGCUAACACGUUUAAAUGUAUUUUGUCAUCUUAAUAUUAUUGCAGUAAAGCAGCUGGCAGGACAGGUAGAAACUUUUAAGCAAGAUUCGCCUCAUCACUAGGUUGAAAGACAGACGGUAUUGCACAUGGCCAUUGCCACCCCAUCUAUCGCCACCAGGCAUCGUCGAGAUGGAUGUUUGCCUAAACGCAACUCUGAGAGGCUUUAUGAAUUGUGGCUGGAUCGUCAGGUUUCGGUUCCUACAAGCCUCCUCAGUAGUCGACGUGUUCAUGUGGAGUUGGGUAUAAAAUAA